UUUUUUUAUUUAAUAUUUGGCUCCACGAUUAUUAAAAUAAAAAGAAAUAUGUUAGAAUGAAAUCCUAAUUUUGGUGUUUUCCAAUUACAAAUUUGAGGCUGUAUUAGACUAGAUACGGAUUUUUAGCUUGUCAUUUGGAAAAGAUCUUAAAGUGCUGCAAAAUUUCAAAUUUUUUUUGGACUGCUACUAGUUUUAACGUGUGAAGCAGGUGUGUUCCAAUCAGCAAUUAGAAACCUAAAAUGUCUGCGGGAUUUAUAUUUGAUAUAAUUAUCGUUAAAAUCGAUUGUCCCAAUGUUGAUCUACAAGACCAAGAGCUUAUUACGGUUGACGUACGAUUUAACGAUGUUUCACUCCAGAUUACCUCAAGUCGCAUUAACGUACUGGAAUUUCGAUCCGGUCGUAGCUACGAAUUCGAUGCCAGACCUGAUGACUUGCGAUGCGACUUGGAAAGUACACCGCUACAACUAAGCGUAAAAUAUAACAAUGCCACAAUAGGAUGUGGUGAAAUGCAUUGGCCAAGUUUCAUAACAGAUCAAAUAACGACAAGCGUUGGUGAAUUGACGCACGUGGAUGAGUGUGAUCUGAAUGAUGCGGACAACGUCAAAAUUGGAACUAUCGAAGUUAUUGUACGUUUACAGGUUAAAUGUCAAGAAAUGUGCGACGACCUUCUUCGCGAUGCUGACGAUAUAAGACGAAAUUUACACAAAGUUAUCAAUCCACACGAUAUACUUUUUGUAGUGGGAGAGCCAGUGAACGACGAUGACGAUUGUAUGUGUAUUAAAGACUCAGACGAAAAUAACAAUCAAGGAUGUGGAACUGCAACUGCUUUGGACUUAUCACGUUACCGAAAUGUUAAUGGAAAGCUAUUGAAAACAGCAGACAUUCUCAACACUUGUAACAACCACAGCUGCUGUGAUCUCAAGAAAGUAUCAAAUCAGUACCAGGAAUUAAUUGAUGUCUUGCAAUCUUCUGAAUGUUCAAAAAAGAAACCUCGAAAACCAGCACCCAAAUGUUGUAAAAAGGAACCAAAAUCAUCAAAGGAAUCAUCAGGAAAUACAAGCGUCUGUUCUGACAUAAAUAUGCAUACAUAUGCGGCGAACAAUACGGAUGAUGAAGUAUUUAAAAGAUUUUUAGAUCUUUUACCCCAACUUAACUCAUGUACAAAGCAACAAGCAGGCCCGGUGCAAAGUUCCUGUUCUCAAAUGCCGCGACGUUUCUGUCCCGUUUGCAAAGAAAACAUUGGAUGGCUUCCUAAAACAUGUGCCUGUCCCAAAUGUGGAUAUAAGGCACCACCCGAAAAACCGCCCAGUGAAAAGCUUACACCUGAACAAAUAUUAAAGGAAUGCUUAGAUAAGUGCUCUAGUGGUUCGGAUAAACUAAAUCCAUGUGCAGCCGCAGAAAAAGCGAGCGAAGCAAGCAAGUGCCGUUGCUCCUGUGGCACUGGCAAGGUUUGUGCUCAUUGCCGUAUAAAGAAGCUUUGCGCUGAAAUGUUUGGAACUGGCACUAAUAAAUCUGAAGAAAAACCGGCAGCACGAAAUAAUGAUGAUACUCUCUCUAUUUGUGACGAUAACCCCACAAAGGAUUGUCGUCCCUAUUUGGCUCAAGUUUUUUCUGAGCUAAGAGAUCUAUAUGACAUUAAAGAAACCAAGGAAAAAGAAUUCAAAACUAAUGAGAAAUGUGAAGCUGAACUUAAUGGAUGGAACAAGAAAAAACCGAAAAAAAAACGUAAAAUCAAAACUACAAAAGGAAAUAAGAAUUCAUUACCACUGCCAGAUUGCACUGCUAAAUGUUCAGGGAUGAUGACAACCGAACCGGAAACUAUUGAACCAUGUGAUCCGGGUGUACGGCUCUCUUCUAAAAAGAAAAAACUAUUUGCUACCGGUGAUCGUCCUUGCCCAUUGGCAGCUGUAAAUACCCACGUCAGUUGCAAAAGCUGUCCACCACGUAAAAAUGUUCCAAGACAUAUGGGUUGGCUUUGGAAUAUAAAUCCAGAGAGCAUCCGUAGCGGUUGGAAACCAGGUGCCAUUAGAAAAUCCGUUAGACAAAUGAUGAGAUAUUUUCUUAAAGAUUAUCCAGCGGACACAAUACGUGUUUCUCCUUAUGGUGGUCGAAGAGUAUGUCCAGAAAUCCCAAAACCUGAUCCACCAUUGAUACAAAAACCGACUUUACAUAUAUGUAAAAAAAAUGAUGAAUAUAUUGUGACACUUCGACCACUGAAGGACUCAGAGGCUUUGAAAAGUUGUGCAGACCCAUAUCUCAAUAUGAAACCUAUUCAAUUCAAAAUUACUAAAAAUCCAGCUGCAACGGAAAUGAGAAACGUUAAAGCUACUUUAAAAGAAAUGGGCUUUAGCAAAUGUACAUGCCAUAAACCCAUUUCUUCUUGCUACUGCAGAAACUACCUUGAUAAGAAACGUUUGGAAUACCAAGCUAACAAGGAAUGUCGAAAGCGUUGUAUUCCUAGCUGUACCGACAAGCUGGUUUUGUCGGACACAACGGACUCUGAUGUCGAGUUCGAUUUUGGUGUUACACCUCCAGCUGGUGUCAUCAAGCCAAAUCUUCUAAAAAAACCAAAUGUUGUAAAUCAUGGUACGCAAUAUGCAGAUGGUGAUUGGAAUGUACCGCCCUUAUAUCCGAAACAGCCUAACAAAUAUAUGAGACUAUAUAAUUGUGCUACAGGCGAUCGUUAUGUCGAAGGUUAUGGUUCAUAUGGUUACGGUGGCUAUGGUGGCGGCGGUGCAGGCUACGAUGCUAAUGCCGGUUAUGGCGGUUUCGAUGGUAGAGGAGGCAGAGGUGGCGGGUUUGGCGGUGGUUUCGGCGGCGGAAGAGGAGGUAGAGGUGGUGGACCAGGUGGUGGUAGAGGUGGCGGAUAUGGCGGUGGAGCUGGCGGUGGAGCUGGCGGUGGACCAGGUGGUGGUAGAGGUGGUGGUAGAGGUGGUGGAGCUGGCGGUGGAGCAGGUUAUGGAGCUGGUGGGGGAGCAGGUGGUAGAACAGGUGGAGGAGCAGGUGGAAGAGGUGGUGGUGCUGGUGGCGGUUCUGGUGGCGGAGCUGGUGGCGGUGCUGGUGGCGGUGCUGGUGGCGGUGCUGGUGGUGGUGGUAAAGGAGGAGGAAGAAAUAAUGGAGGUGCUGGCGGUCCUGGCAAUAAACUCGGCGGCAAAGGCGGUGGUGUAGAUAUGAUGAAAUAUAUGAAGGGCCGUGAUGCUGGCAAAGGUGGAAAAGGUGGUCAAGGUGGUCAAGGUGGUGCAGGAGGUGCAGACGGAGACGGUAAAAGAGGAAUGCGGAAGUCUGGUGGUGAUAUGCCUCCACCCCUCAUUUGUAUGAUUGAUAGACGCGCCAAGCCAUUUGAUCCGUGUGGUCCUCCUCAAUGCUGUCCCCGUAUUUGUUAAAAAUUAAUUAAAGUUGUGUCUUUAAGUCUAUUCAAAAUUAUUUGCUUUCUGCAUGGAGUAAUAGUA